CUCUUUUUCUCUUCCAUCUCUCUCUCGGGAAAGGAGCAUCUUCCUCCUUUCCCGAGAGAGAGAGAGGCAGACGCGCGCGCGCGCACAUACACACACUCAGAAAGACAGACAGAGAGAGAGAGAGAGCGAGGGAGAUAUAGGGGAGGGCGCAAGAGCGCGCAAGCGAGCCAGCGGGUGAAGUGCGCGUGCUCUGUCACCGCCGCCGCCGCUUGAGAGGAGGAGAGACGUUUAUUCAGCUGGUGGAUAAGGAAACGAGCGGAGGGCAGGGAUGAACAGAUAGAGGCACCAGCCAGUGAAUCAAUGAACGGAUCGCGACCUGGGCUUUUUCCAGAGUACCAAACCGAUUAUGUUUAAAGAUGAGCCGAGCAUUGAUAUGCAGAGAGGCUCCCCCUGCUGCUGCUAAGAAUAGAAAACACCGAGGUGGAGGAGAGCCGUUUGUUUUGUUUUAGGUAUCGACCUACACUGAGCUGACCCAGAGCACAACUCGGUAGAGUCCAGUGAAGGUCCACAUCAGCAGAAAUGGCUCCGGCAGCCAUGUCUAAGCCUCCGUCCUCUCUCAACUCACUCCGCCCUUUCCACUUUUCUCCCUCUUCUUUCCUUCUCUGCCUCCUUCUCUCCUUCUUUUUGUUGCUGUCAUGCCCUGGAUCGGUCAGUGCGGGUGCCGGAAAGAAAAACUGUUCCUCUGGUGGAGACCCCUGUCAGGAAGGAGUGGUGCUGCCUGUCUGGAACCCUCAGAACCCCUCUGUAGGAGAUAAAGUGGCACGAGCCAUUGUUUACUUUGUAGCACUCAUCUACAUGUUCCUGGGCAUGAGCAUUAUAGCGGACCGGUUCAUGUCUUCUAUAGAGGUGAUAACCUCCCAAGAGAAGGAGAUCACCAUAAAGAAGUCGAAUGGUGAGACCACCACAGCCACCGUGAGAAUCUGGAAUGAGACUGUUUCUAAUCUCACUCUAAUGGCCUUGGGUUCCAGUGCCCCUGAGAUACUGCUGUCUGUUAUUGAGGUGUGCGGUCACGGUUUUGAGGCUGGUGAUCUAGGUCCCAGCACCAUUGUGGGCAGCGCCGCCUUCAAUAUGUUCGUCAUCAUCGCUCUGUGUGUGUAUGUGGUCCCCGACGGAGAAACGCGCAAAAUCAAACACCUUCGGGUGUUUUUUGUCACGGCGGCUUGGAGUAUCUUCGCCUACAUCUGGCUCUACCUGAUUCUGAGUGUCUUUUCCCCUGGAGAGGUGGAGGUGUGGGAGGCAGUGCUUACUUUCCUUUACUUCCCACUCUGCGUGGUCCAGGCCUGGGUGGCCGACCGCCGCCUUCUCUUCUACAAGUAUGUCCGCAAGCGUUACCGUGCCGACAAGAAUCGGGGAAUCAUUAUUGAGACAGAGGGUGGGGCUGAUGGAGGGCUAGGCAUGGAUGGAGGAGGAGGGGGUGGAGUGCUGGGUCCAGGGGGCUUCACCAAGAUGGACAUGCUGGAGCUGGACGGACAGAUAGCGCUGAACUGUCACAGCGGGAUGGAUGGAGGCAUGAUGGAGGAUGGAGGAGCAAAGGACGAUGAGGACGAGGCUAGGAGGGACAUGGCAAGGACGCUAAAGGAGCUGAAGCAGAGGCACCCGGAUAAAGACAUGGAGCAGCUGAUUGAGAUGGCUAAUUAUCAGGUCCUAAUGCAGCAGCAAAAGAGCCGAGCAUUUUACCGCAUCCAGGCAACCAGGAUGAUGAUCGGAGCAGGUAACAUCCUCAAGAAGCACGCUGCUGACCAGGCCCGCAAGGUGGUAAGCAGCCAUGAGACCCAGGCCCAGGAGGAUGACCCUCACACCAUCAGGAUUGAGUUUGAACCCUCUUUGUAUCAGUGCUUUGAAAACUGUGGGUCCCUGAAACUGACUGUUGGCAGACAUGGAGGUGACCCCGGAGUUACUGUCAAGGUGGAUUAUCGCACAGAGGACGGUACGGCCAACGCAGGUUCAGAUUAUGAGUUUGCAGAGGGAACGCUGCUGUUCAAGCCGGGAGAAACCCUCAAAGGCAUCUUUACAUUUGAAAGUGCCACUCAGAGGGUGAGUGAAAGUGUUGGCGUGAUGGAGGUGAAGGUUCUCAGGACGUCGGGGGCUCGAGGCCUGGUCGCCAUUCCCUAUCGAACCUUGGAUGGAACCGCUAAGGGAGGGGAGGACUACGAAAUGGCUGCAGGCAAGCUGGAGUUUCAGAAUGAUGAGACCAUGAAGAUCAUCGAGGUGAAAAUCAUUGAUGAUGAAGAGUAUGAGAAGAACAAGACCUUUACCAUCGAGCUGGGAGAGCCUGUUCUGUUGGAGAUAGGACAGAAACACGGUGACUCGAAUGAAAACAAGCCUUUGGUGGGGGCGGAGGAGGAAGAGGUGGCCAAGAUGGGCUGUCCCAGUUUGGGCGAACACACACAGGUAGAAGUGGUCAUAGAGGAGUCCUACGAGUUCAAGAGAGCAGUAAAUACACUUCUUAGGCAUGCUGAAAAGAGUACAGUAGAUAAGCUGAUCAAGAAGACAAACUUGGCCUUGGUGGUGGGAAGCAGCAGCUGGAGGGAACAGUUUGUCAAUGCUGUUACAGUCAGUGCAGGAGAUGAUGACGAGGAGGAGAGCGGUGAGGAGCGGCUGCCCUCCUGCUUCGACUACAUCAUGCACUUCCUCACUGUCUUCUGGAAGGUUCUGUUCGCCUUCGUUCCUCCCACAGAGUACUGGAACGGCUGGGCCUGCUUCAUUGUCUCCAUAUCGCUUAUCGGCGUCCUCACCGCAGUCACGGGCGAUCUGGCAUCUCACUUCGGCUGCACGAUAGGACUGAAGGACUCGGUGACGGCUGUGGUGUUUGUAGCGCUGGGAACAUCAGUGCCAGACACAUUUGCCAGCAAGGUCGCUGCCAUCCAGGACCAGUACGCUGACGCCUCCAUCGGCAACGUCACCGGCUCCAAUGCGGUUAACGUCUUUCUGGGCAUUGGCGUGGCAUGGACCAUCGCUGCCGUCGCCUGGCGCUCCAAGGGCAAACCUUUCAAGGUGGACCCAGGAAGUCUGGCCUUCUCUGUCACCCUCUUCACUAUCUUAGCUGUGGUGAGCGUGCUCACGCUUCUGUACCGGAGGCGGGCAACAGUCGCCGGUGGCGAGCUGGGUGGGCCGCGGACUUGCAAAAUAAUAACGUCGCUGAUGUUUGUCUCAUUGUGGCUGAUUUACAUCCUGCUGGCUUCCCUGGAGGCCUAUUGCCAUAUACCAGGGUUUUAAAUGGAAAGGAAAGCAGAGGGAGAGAGAGGCCCACUGCCAAUAUGAAAAGAGAGAGAGAGAGCAAUGCAGCAGUGAGAGAGGGAGAAGAGAUGGAUCGAUAUGGGCCGACUUUUCAGGAAAUCUUUAAAUCCGUCCAAAGACUAUUUCAGUUUUUCAUCAGAUGUGUUUUUUCCCUACAUUCCUCUCUGUCCUGAAAAACAGAGAGUGAGUCCUCAUAAACAGUAAAACUUGCCAAAUGUCCAAAUUAAUAAUUAUUUAUUCUACAUUAGCAGCUCUUUUAGACAGGAAGCCCCUCCCUCUGGUCUAGUUAUGAGGAAACCUCUCGAAUACAUAAAAUUAAAAUGCAACAUCGUGGAAAAAAGGUACAAAACUGACUUUUGAGGCUGCUUCUAAAAUCAGCAGUUGACAACAAAGUGUACAGGCUCAUGUUGUCCUAAUAUACUGCCAAGACAGCUGGAAUGAAAAGACGAUCAGCUGGCUUCUGAAGAGAAAAUAGGUUGAGAGUGAGGAUUAAAGUGGGAUA